CGCAAUCAUCCGAAUUCGGAGGCAUUUUACGAUAGGAUAGGCUUUCACGAGACACGAGCGGAGACACGACGACGUGAUACGAUCGUAAUAUGAGAUGAGUUGCUACACUGGAGUUCAGUGGCGCCGCCGUAUGUCGCUUCGGUCGAUAUUAGUUUUCAUAUCUUACAAUCGGAUAGUUCAGAUAGACGCACAAAGCACGUGUUCAAGAGAACGAUAUUAAAGAUAUUAGUCGUAAAAUUAUACAAAUUUCUAUCAAAAUAAUGAAUGAAUCGGUUAGCAAAAUGGAGGUAGAUGAAAGUUUACAAGAAGGAGGAGGACUUAGUUACGAAGACAAAUUGAAAUAUGUUAAUUCUAUUGCUACGCCAAUGGCAUCGAGAAAAUUGGCAAAGAAAAUUUAUAAAUGUAUAAAAAAAGCAUCGAAACAUAGAACGUAUCUUCGCAAUGGAUUAAAAGACGUGCAGAAACACAUACGUAAAGGAGAAAAGGGAUUAGUCGUUUUUGCCGGGGAUGUUUUUCCAAUAGAGAUAAUGUGUCAUUUACCAAUCGUCUGCGAGGAUAAAGAUAUUCCGUACUGCUAUACUCCUUCUAGAUUGGAUAUUGGUACCGCUAUGGGGGUAAAACGUGGUAGCCUUAUGGUACUUAUCAAAGAACAUCCAGAAUAUAAGGAUCUAUAUGACGAAUUAGCGAGUACAAUGAAAACAUUGGCAGCGCCUUUAUAAUUAUAAAAUUAAGCAAUACCCAAUUUCAAGGACAUUGUAAAUAUAAUACAUAGGUUAUCCUUUUAAUAUCAUAAAUAAUUCAAACUGGUAAAAGAAUACGACAUUUCUCCAAAUGAUACGAAUUCGUUACGGUUUCAUUGCAGGACAUAACAUGUAAUAGAAAUAUGAAUCGUAUUGAUAUAAAAAAUUGUAAACAGAAGUUAUAGUGAACAUAUAUGAUUUAUUACGAAAUUGUUAUCCGACAUAAAUGACAUAUCUUUCAACUUUCGACCAUGGCUUUGCUCACUCACAUUCACAAUUAUAAUACGGUACGUAUGAUCGUACAAGAUUACGUCUAAUGCAAAUAAUAUUUAGCUUUUUUAAGAAUUUCGACAGAAAUAUCGGACAUAAUCUUUUUCGUUGGUGAAUAAUUAAUGGAUAUGAUAAUCCUUCCGUUCGAAAAUAAUUUAAAUCUUGUUAAGAAACGAAGGUAUAUAUGCCUAGUUAAGCUUCCAUUUAUCGUUGUUAAGUACUAUUUCUUUGGUAUAUUUUUGACAUUAUAAUUUAGGAUAAUUCAGAAAAAUCUUUGGAUACUUAAUGCUUAAAUGUAUUCAGGAUAUCACAGGCCAGUCCUGUAGAGAUUAUUUAUAUACGUAUGUAAAUAGAACAUUAUAUUAGCCAGGACACAUUUUGAUAGUAUAAGAAAGUGAAUUAGGCACAAAGUGGAGUAUGAAAAAAAUGUUAAUAUUAAAAAUGAUAGAAUGAUUAAUAUAAUUAAUAUUAUUGUGCCAUAAAA